AUGGCGAACGCUCGGCGCCCUCGGGUGGAAGACAACAUUAACGGUUUUGACACAUACUUCAGCAUAGAUGUCGAUGAUGCAGCACUCUAUGAUGGAUUUACCAACAACAGGACGAGGAACGCGUUCCUUUCGUUUAUGCGGAAGGUCAUCGCUAACCGGAGAAAAGACCUUCGCGGAAGAAACACAGGGGGGAGUAUCGACAGGCUGUGGACCGCAAGGAGGAAUCAUUGGCUGGGCAAGACAGACAACGGCCGACAACCUGCGGCAACGGCAGUUGCGCCAGGCGCUGUUGCUCCAGCCCUUCCACCAGCCGCUCCUCCUAACCCAGCGCCUCCAGUAGUAGCAGUAGCAGUACCAACUGGAUUACAGCAGCCUGACAACAACGAUGAUGCGUCAGUGGCGUCAUCGGAAGCCUCGAGCGGUGAGCGGUCGCCUACCUUUUUCCUUCAGAAUGACCCUAAACGCAAACGCUUCUUGGGUCCUACGGCAGGCCAGAGAAAAGACUUCUACAGUCAUGACGACGGUCGUUGGAAGUUUGCAAUGACUUUGCACCAGACUCGGCUCGACGAUGGCAAACGGCGUUUCAGCCAGGGAACAAUGCCUCGCAAGUCCGUAUACUUAUGUGUUCGUACCAGCAGCACUGGCGUCAUCGAGGAUCGCGUCACGGUCAAAUGUCUGGAAGCAAUAUCAGACAAAGAGAAGAAGGACGCCGAGGACGAGAUUUAUAUGAACCAGAUGAUUAGUACCCUCAAUUGUUCGCAUAUGAUACCAUAUCGUGGCCACAGUCACCGGAAAUCUACCAAAACACUCCGUACUCAUACAGGAAACCAGGCUUUAGAAGGACAUCUGUACAACAUAUACACGUCGUUUGCUGAACUAGGGACUCUCGCACGCAUCCACGACGGGCAUAAGAAAGAAGAGAGACCUGUGCCCGAGCACUUCAUUUGGUACUUUCUCAGCCAAGUGACUGAGGCACUACUGGCGUUGCGGGAUGGUACCUGCUCAUCACCGAAUGCAGCACCCGAAGACCGAGAAGAGACAUGGCGGGCAAUUGUGCACUCCGAUAUCAAGGAUGCGAACAUAUUCCUGCAGGCCGCUAAUACCAAGUACCCUGCAUAUCCGAACGUUGUUGUUUCUGAUUUUGACAUUGCCUGUGAGAAGGGUACAGACGAGAGAAGAUACGACGGUACGCCCGGCAUGCAGCCCCCAGAACGAGAGCAUUCCGCGCUCAAGGAAUUGGAUUGGUUCCCGGAAAGAUGGACUGUCUCGGAGAAGUCGGAUAUCUGGAGUCUAGCUAUGACAACCUGGGCACUUAUGGUCGCUCAUUAUAAAGGUACUGACUUCUAUGACGAAGCCGAUGAGAGAUGUAAAACUUGGGUGUAUAAUGAUGAACUCAAGAAAGGAAAUGUCAGCCAGCAGGAAGGGAUCUUUCCAAGUCGUCUGAGGGAGCUUCCCAAAGAAUACAGCGUGGGUCUGUGCGAGAUUGUUUCGAAAUGUCUGCGAUAUAACCCGGAUGGUCGCCCAAGUCUAAAGAAAUUGCGAAAAGUCAUCGAUGAUCAAUUGGCCAGAUUGGACCGCAUGUACGGCGAUGAGAUAAAGAAGCCAGAAGGCACCAUUGUCGACGACUUCAAACUCGCGUAUACCCCAGAAGAGAGCGAUACUUGGGCACAGUUUGCCUUCGGACAGACUCUUGAUCCACCACGAAAAAGGCGGAAGACGGACGAUGCUGGCGCCUUCAAAGAUGAGUUGAAAAAUGUCGUCAACGAUUGGAAAUCCAAAUCCAGAUAUCCUGUAUCAGGCGCAGCAGACCGCGAUGCUCUAAGUUCGGUUGACCAGAUCAUCAACGACUGGAAACCCGAGUCUAUAGUGAAAUUCCGAGCAAAUCUGCCCCAACUACACGCUUGGCGCUAUCUUUUCACCUGUAUUCGCAAACGUACAUCCCCGGAAGCAUACGUCUAUAGGUACGACAACGACAACGAACAGGAUCCAUCGGAGACGCUCAAGCGCGAUAACAAAAGGACAGUGCUUGAAACACUGCGCGAUGUGGUUGUGCCUAUCGCUAAAAAUGUUGCUAGGACAGUCGCUAGUGAAGCAGCAGAGAAGAAUGGAGAGGAAGCCACACAUGCGGAAAUUGAAGGUACUCCUGAGAUGAUAAGUCUUGACACAUUACGGCAUGCGAUAGAGUGGGGUUUGGUGCUUUUGGAUGUUGGUGCGGAGCCGAGAACUCCGAGAUUGAGUGAGAAGACAAAGAUGCAUCGUGGCAUGCUUGACUUUCUCUUCAAGGAGCCUUCUGGUGUGUACGACUAUGAUCCAAAUUACUAA